AUGGCCGCGGGCGGCGCCCCGCUCAAGGUGGGCAUCGUCGGCGCCACGGGCGCCGUCGGCGCGGAGAUCAUCGGGUGCCUCGAGACGCGCGAGUUCCCCUGCGACGGGCCUCCCGUCUGCUUCGGCUCGUCGGGCGGCAAGACGGUGGCGACGGCGAACUGGGGCGACAUCACGACGGAGAAGUUCAGCGUCGACGCCGUCACGGGCUUCGACGUCGUCUUCCUCGCCGCGUCCGGCGACUUCGCCGAGGAGUACGCGGACGCGAUCGGGUCGGUGCUCGCCGAGGGCGGCGUCGUCGUCGACAACAGCUCCGCGCUCCGCUACAAGGACGGCGUGCCCCUCGUCGUGCCCGAGGUCAACGGCGACCAGUGCGAGGGCGCCUCGGUCAUCGCGAACCCGAACUGCACGACGGCCAUCGCCCUCAUGGCGCUCUACCCGCUCUUCAAGGAGUUUGGCCUCAAGAAGGUCAUCGUGUCGACGUACCAGGCCGCGUCCGGCGCGGGCGCCGCGGGCAUGGCCGAGCUCCGCGACGGCGUCGCCAUGGCGUCGACCGAGGGCGAGAAGUACGUCGACAGCAUGGGCCGCUUCAAGGAGAAGGUGCCCAAUUCGGAGUUCGCGCACCCGCUCGCGUUCAACGUCAUCCCGCACAUCGACAAGUUCCAGGCCAACGGCUACACCAAGGAGGAGAUGAAGGUCACCUGGGAGUGCCGCAAGAUCCUCGGCUUCCCGCCCAUCCCCGACGCGGCCGCGGACGCGAAACUCGACACGGCGCCGCCGAAGGUGUCGUGCACGGCGGUCCGCAUCCCGACGCUCCGCGCGCACUCCGAGGCCAUCACCAUCGAGACCGUCAAGCCCGUCACGCCCGAGGCCGCCCGCAAGGCCCUCACGGGCUUCCCGGGCCUCGCCAUCGCCGACGACACGGACGCGGGCCUCUACCCGAUGCCGAUCACGUCCACGGGCAACUACGACGUCGAGGUCGGCCGCAUCCGCCAGAACGACGUCUUCGGCGACAGGGGCCUCGACUUCUUCAUCUGCGGCGACCAGCUCCUCCGCGGCGCCGCGCUCAACGCCGUCCUCAUCGCCGAGAAGUGCAAGGCCUAG